UUUUGGAAAGCUAAUAGGAAGCAAGCCAGGCCUGCUGAUGUCACUUCCUGACAAAAGACUCAUUCUGAGAUUCGGAAGCGACGAGUAUUUUAUCCUUGUUACAGACAUGAAGCUGAAUUUGGUAUUAGCUGUCACUCUGAUGUCCAUCCCCAUGGCACUUGUGCAAGGGGCUGAGAAGAAGAAACUACAGAUUGGAAUCAAGAAAAGAGUGGACAACUGUCCUAUAAAGUCCCGUAAGGGAGACGUGUUGAACAUGCACUACACUGGGAAACUGGAGGAUGGGACAGAAUUUGACAGCAGUAUACCGAGGAAUCAGCCGUUCACCUUCACUCUUGGCACGGGACAGGUCAUCAAGGGCUGGGAUCAGGGUUUGUUGGGGAUGUGUGAGGGUGAGAAGAGGAAGCUGGUUAUUCCCUCUGAGCUUGGUUAUGGUGACAGGGGAGCACCACCUAAAAUUCCAGGUGGUGCCACACUCAUCUUUGAAGUAGAACUGCUGAGCAUCGAGAGAAGAUCUGAUUUAUAGUGACAGAUUUGUGGGCCUGUCAGUCUUAAGCAUUUAAAGUCAGUGUGUGUGACUCACUUUAAAAAGCUUUUUCAGAUAUUCAGAAGGUUACAGGAACAAAAGAAGCUUGGUAAUAACACUUAAACUGUGAUGUUUCCCUUUCAAAACAAUAAUGACCCCACUUUUCAGACAUGUAUGUAGCACCAUUCUUUAUUUGCGAGUCUUACUACACGUAUUUGGUUGUGAGAGUGCACACAGUACAGAUUUUGCCAAUCCAACAAAUUCUGAUCUUCAACAUACGCAUUUCUCAAAACGUGUUCACUUGAAAUUGAAUAAACAUUUUAUUUACAAAA